GAGGCAGGUUGUACCAAUAAUACACAGUCACAAUCAGCUGCCUUCUUGAAAUUUGCAAGAACACAAAAAAACCUACAGAUUAGCAAACCUACCCACAAAUCCACCACCAUUCCCAUAAAUGCCAAAUAUUCACCCGAAUUUACACCAAUUCUAGAGAGAGAAAGAGAAAGAGCCUGCAAAGUGGGGUGUGAAAUUUGGAAGCAUAUACAGAGCAUAUAAAUUAAUUAACUCGUAAAUUCAGAGUGAUAAAAAAGAUUGAAUUGUGCAUAAAAAUAGUUUAGAUUCAGAGCUUAAUUAUUUACCACAGGGACAACCCACGAUCUGGUAGUCCCCAUUGUUGCUGAUUUUCUCUCUCUAAAAAGCUUCAUUUUCUCUCUCUAAACAACCCAUCAUGCCAUCGGGUGCUAAGAAGAGAAAAGCUGCCAAGAAAAAGGCGCAAAAGCAAUCCCAUAACACUGAUGGGUCUCACCUUCAAGGGAUUGAUGAGGCGAAAUCGCAUGAUGAGAGGGAGAGUGAUGGGGGUGAAGGAGAGAGAGAGUCUUCUGAGGAGCGUGUUGUGAGUAAAAAUGAAGAGGGUGAGCAACAUGCUACUGAAUUUUCCAAGGAAUCGAAGUCGGAGGAGAAUUAUGAUGAUAUGAGGGUUAAUGUCGAGGAUGAUGUUAGAAAGACUAAGAAUGGGAAACAUAAAAGUUCAAGUUCUAGUUCCAGUUCCAGCAGUAGCAGUUCUGAAGAUGAAGUUGUGAUUGAAAAGGAGAAGUCAGUGGUUUCCGAGGUCCAGAGCUCACUUCCAGAAGCAUCCAGGGAGAAUCCAGUGAUAUCCGAGACUGUCUAUGCUUCGGUAGAGGAGAGUAUCCCUGUUGAAGAGUCAGUUAAGCAAGUGCUUUCCUUGCCACAAGAGACUAAUACUAGGAGUGAGAGUGCGGAUGUUGAGAAUUCAAUGAUCCCUGAUGACAUUGAGUUAGGAAUGAAGCAAAACUUGGAUGAAGUCUUAUCAUCAGCUGAUGGCAAAGACAAAGUUUCUUCUGGGAUGACAGAAUUUCUGCAGGAGAAGAUUGAGAAAAAAGUGAUUGGAGUUGAGGAAGAGGGCCCUGCGAACCUGUCUAAAUCCUUACACAACACUGGAAUUGAUGCUGAAGCUUCGUUGCCUCCGUCUUCUGGUGUAACGUCUGCGGAUGCUUGUUGUGAGGAUAAUCAUGUCAAAGAAUCAGAGACACAUAAGUAUACCGAGGAGCAGCCUUUGGUAUCUUCUGCUCCACUGCCAGUUCGACGAACUUCCUUGAUGAAUUGCUGUGGUCUUUUUGAAGUUCUCUCAGGUGGAGCCAGUAGAUAAUUUUAGAGGCGAAGUUUCAAGUUUCAAGUUUCAAGUUUCAAGCCGUGUCAGAGAAGAACUUUGGCUAUGAGAAGUAGAGAAACAUGGUUAUAUAGGAAAAUAUUGAUACAUAGACAUUUUAAGGAUCUUCAAGCUUUCCUCAUAGAAUAAUUAUCAAUUCGAUGUACUACAUAAAUGUUUGAUCUCGCACUAUUAUUAUAGUGGUGUUGUUGAUAGUCCGGUCAAUAUCGUGGCGUUUUCCCAACGCUCUGUUUUUGGUCCUGCACUCGGAAGUGCAUUUUGUUUGUUGAGUUUUCGGGUAUUUGCUGUAAGGUUUAAAGGAAAGAGUCUGCUUAUGAUACACAAAGUUUUCUUGCUCUAGAUCGACCAUCUCUCAAGGUUUCUCUUGAUUUUAUGGAUGUUUGUCUCAGCAUACUGUUUAACUUUUGCUGGAAAUGCAUAAUAUAUUUUAUGUUUA